AUGCAAUCCGCGGACUAUCGUUUUGUACAGGUCUUAUGGGUAAGAAUUGACGGUCCAAAACUUAUACGGUUGUGAUGGCAUUAGUUAUUGUUGUUAUGGCGUCUGCGAAAUCGAAACACUGUGCGUUUUCCUUGCUCUAAAUCCCGUGGGCUUCAUAAAUGGAUUUUUAAAACAUUAUAUACUAUAAUAUCAAUAUACGAGUCGACGGGUGAGGAGGCCUUUAGAAUCAUGUUUUGUCAUAAUUUGAUGAAUUUGAAUGUUGAUUGUGGCAUCUGACAAAAUGCAAUUUCGUACUUAAGCUUCUGCAAUAACAAAGUUCUAGCCAGCUACCUAAAGCAUGGAUACUGGUGCCAAGAAAGCUGUGGCUGAAGUCAACAGCUGCAACAUUAUUCAAACUCUUUUAGAUAUUAGUGCAAUGAUUGACAUUCACGCUAAACAUCUAGAAGGCUUGAGAACACAGUGCUCUACCAGUGCUGAAUUAAUUCAACAAGAAAUAAGGACCAUAGAGGGAAAACUAGUCAAACUAUUCAGUAAACAACUAGUUGCAAAAGCCAAAAUUCCAAUUGAGGGAAUACCAUAUGAAGUUAGAAACAUCCCUUCAAUCAAACAAUGGCUACAAGUUGUUGGAAUUUCUCAGCCAUCUGUUGAAGCCUUGUGUGCCAAAUUUCAGUCACUGGAAUCACUACAAGAACUUUGUGAUCAUGAAAUUAAACGAAUUUUUAAUGAAUGUUAUGCAAAGGAAGAUGAGUACAGACGGUUAAUUAGAGCUCUUCAGAGUGUUAAAAGAUAUACAGAAGUUUUGGUGCAUAAUGAAAAGGAAGGUAGCAGUGGACGGACGACUCCCGAUCUAGCACUAUACUGGGAUUCAUGGGAUAAUGUUACACAAGCUUUGUUGCCAAUAACUACAAGCGCCCAGCAAAAUGAAAACAUCAUGCACAAUCCAUUAAACAUUCAAAAUAUACAUACGGUUCAUGAAACUAUUCCGCAAACGGCUCCAGAGAAUCGCAGUCCUCCCUCCACUCCAUCGGUUUUGAAAGGAAGAGGAGACCGUAUGAAAUUCCCUGCUACUCCACCACCUCGCAAGAAAAAUCAGGUUAUUGGUGGAGCUGCACCACUGUUGACGGAUUUCCCUCUUACGAAGUCUACCUCUCAUGAAUCCCAGCUAGCCAAUAGAAUCGACGGAAAUGACGUUGUCAGUGGUGCGAGUACUAUGCUUCUAUCCCGCUUUCGUCGUACAAAACCUAACGCUUAUUGGCUGGGACGUAGCAUGGAACAUUUGGCGGUGACUGGAAGCAGCUCUCCUGUACCAUCUUCGAAUAGCAACUUACCUGGAGCCUCACCGGCGAAUACCAUGCCAACUUCUUCAACGCCAUCCAAAGGACGCCACCGUUUGGCUACCGAUCCUUGCAGCGUAGCCGACGACUCCAAUGACGAGACACCCAAAACAACUGUAUCCACCCCUAAAUCGCCACGGACCCCCACCGUUGGUGGGCCGGCUGUUAUGGCCCACACUAUCAAUCACCGCUUCACUAUGACGUUCAAGAUGUUGACUGUCUGUGACCUCUGUUUGAAGCAAAUGUUUAUAGGUCUUAAAUGCAAGGAAUGUAAAUAUAAAUGCCAUCGGGAUUGCGCUACUAAAGUACCACCGUCAUGUAAACUUCCACCUGGUUUUAUUGAUUAUGUUCGCCAGUGUAUCAGUGAUGGUCCUCAAACCCCAAUUCUACAGCGAACAGCUGGAUUGAAUAACGCGAUUGGUAAUAGCAUCAUGUCGGUGCCGUCUCCGUCGAUGAUCCGCCUCACGCCUCAUGACAAGAAAAAAUCUAGAACACAGCCAGCCAUUCACAUGAAUCAGGGAGGUGGAUCAACAUCGGUACUAGGCUUUGGCAUGGGCUCCACACAUUUCGAUUCAAGUUCUACGACAUCCAGCUGUAGCAGCUCAACUCCAUCAAGUCCGGCAUUAGCUCUACCGUCGCAUAUUUCUGCCAACCACACACCAACAUCAGCGUCGCAAACUAUGCAGUUCCGUUUUCCCGAUGUCCGUCAAGCUGAUCGAGCCCAGAGUGUGGAGACAUUACUAUCACCGUUAUCUCAUAUGCCGCACUCGGCGAAAAAUAAUUCUUCCAUCGUCAAUUCACUGGUUAAUACAAGUCCAGUACCAGUGAAUCCCUCGGCCAAUAACUCUACAACUGCGCACACAUUUCAAGAUCAGAGUAAGAUUGUUUCAGUUUCUGGUCUCUCCGGUACUUCGGGAUCGAACUCGACUAGCACCGAUUCAGAGCGCACGUACAGAGUUGAUUCACAGGACAGUCAAAUCUCGGACACUGAAACAUCAAGCGACCGUCAUUGGCCCCGCCAAAAUAGCUUGUCGCUUCGAGAAUGGGACAUUCCGUUUCAUGAAUUGGAACUUCGGGACCCUAUUGGUCAGGGUAGGUUUGGAACUGUUCACCGGGGCAUUUGGCAUGGCAACGUGGCCGUUCGACUCUUGAAUAUGGAUCAGAUUGGUGACGAAAAAGUUCUUGAGUCAUUCAAACUCGAGGUUGCUACCUUUCGUAAAACUCGGCAUGAGAACUUGGUCCUAUUUAUGGGGGCGUGCAUGAAUUUGCCGACCUUAGCUCUUGUAACGAGCAUGUGUAAAGGAUUGACCUUGUACACGCAUCUUCAUUUGCGGAAGGACAAAUUCAGCAUAAACAAAACAGUCAUCAUCGCGCAACAAAUUUCGCAGGGAAUGGGCUACCUUCAUGCACGCGGGAUCAUCCACAAAGACUUGAAAUCCAAAAAUAUUUUUUUGGAAAAUGGAAAAGUCAUCAUUACGGAUUUCGGCCUCUUUAGCGUCUCAAAACUUUGCAAAAUCCAUGGGAGGAGUGAUGCCCUUAGCAUUCCACCAGGUUGGCUGUGUUACAUGGCGCCAGAGGUGAUGCGUAGUUUGAAGCCUAGCAGCGAAGAGAAUGACGAGCUUCCCUUUACAAUGGCUUCUGACGCCUACGCAUUCGGGACGGUUUGGUACGAGUUGCUCUGUGGCGAAUGGCCGUACAAGGAGCAUUGCCCUGAAGCUAUGAUUUGGCAAAUUGGCCGCGGUAUGAAGCAGUCGCUGGCAAAUCUUCAAGCUUCUCGUGAUCUUAAAGACAUCCUUAUGGCAUGUUGGGCCUUUGACGUUAAGGAUCGAGCAGAGUUCAGCAAGUUACUAAAGAUACUCGAAGCGUUGCCCAAGAAACGUUUGCUUCGUAGUCCAUCUCAUCCGGUCCAUCUGUCCAGAUCGGCUGAAUCCGUUUUCUAAUCACAUUCUUAUCAUUCACUCGAUGCAGUGUUUGGUACGUAGCUAAUGAAAUUUGCUAAUUUAAUCAAGAACAGUGACUAAUGGAAUAAUAUCCGAAUUCAACGCGUGUUAGUGCAUCGGCUGGUUAUAUUUUGUCGGCGAUCGCCAAUAACAGAAUCUGGUUAACAUUUUUCCCAACUUAAAAACUCGACAUUUUAGGCAAAAGAACCGUUAUAUAGUGAAUCUUUCGCCUUGUUGCUACUCAUAUUGUGCAUUUUAGUAAAUUAGUUGACAUGUGCCAGUAUGGUAGUUUGUAGGCGCGCCGCUCAUUUAGUCCCCGCAACCUCCCCACACUCCUCUUGUUCGUGCCUGUCAAUAAAGUGUUUCAGUCA